AGCAGCGUUAUGCCCCUCGGUGUACAGCCUGACCUAAACAUUCACAGAACGCAUUUUUGAGAAACUUUUGAAUUGCGUUUGGACUGGAAGAAAUUUGAACUUAAUAAUUUGACUGCAGACAGAAACCUUGCUCCUGUGGAAGGCAGCGUUGCACCUAUCGGCGUACACCCUGACAGAAACUAUUAGAAGAGUCUAGUAGUCCUUUAUCUGGACAUCUGGAGAAGCCGACAUCACGUGUAUCAUCUGGAAAUAAUUUUCCCUGUCACGAUGCAGAUCUCUGUGAACACCCUGACUGUCAAGACCAUCGCUCUGGAGGUGGAGCCCAGUGAUGCUAUUAAGAACGUCAAAAAGAAGAUCCAGGAUAAGGAAGGGAUCCCUGCAGACCAGCAGCGUCUCAUCUUUGCUGGUAAACAGCUGGAAGACGGUCGCACCCUCUCCGACUACAACAUCCAGAAGGAUGCCACCCUCCAUCUUGUGCUCCGUCUGAGAGGAGGAAUGCAGAUCUUUGUGAAGACCCUGACUGGCAAGACCAUCACUCUGGAGAUUGAGCUGAAUGACACCAUUGAGAACGUCAAGGCCAAAAUCCAGGACAAAGAAGGGAUCCCUCAAGACCAGCAGCGUCUCAUCUUUGCUGGUAAACAGCUAGAAGAUGGUCGCACACUCUCGGACUACAACAUCCAGAAGGAGUCCACCCUCCAUCUUGUCUUGCGUCUUAGAGGAGGAAUGCAGAUCUUUGUGAAGACCCUGACUGGCAAAACCAUCCCUCUGGAGGUGGAGUCCAGUGACUCCGUUGAGAAUAUCAAGGCCAAAAUCCAGGAUAAGGAAGGAAUCCCUCCAGACCAGCAGCGUCUCAUCUUCGCUGGAAAACAGCUGGAAGAUGGUCGUACCCUCUCCGACUACAACAUCCAGAAGGAGUCAACCCUCCAUCUUGUUUUGCGUCUUAGAGGAGGUAUGCAGAUCUUUGUGAAGACCCUGACUGGCAAGACCAUCUCUCUGAAAGUGGAGCCCAGUGACACCGUUGAUAGCGUCAAGGCCAAAAUCCAGGAUAAAGAAGGAAUCUCUCCAGACCAACUGCGUCUCAUCUUUGCUGGUAAACAAUUAGAAUAUGGCCGUAAGCUCAUGGACUAUAAUAUUCAGAAGGAGUCCACCCUCCAUCUAGUUUUGCGUCUGAGAGGAGGGAUGCAGAUCUUUGUGAAGACCCUGACUGGCAAGACCAUCACUCUGGAGGUGGAGCCCAGUGACACCAUUGAGAACGUCAAGGCCAAAAUCCAGGAUAAAGAAGGAAUCCCUCCAGACCAGCAGCGUCUCAUCUUCGCUGGUAAACAGCUGGAAGAUGGACGCACCCUCUCUGACUACAACAUCCAGAAGGAGUCCACCCUCCAUCUUGUGCUCCGUCUGAGAGGAGGUAUGCAGAUCUUUGUGAAGACCCUGACUGGCAAGACCAUCACUCUGGAGGUAGAGCCCAGUGACACCAUUGAGAACGUCAAGGCCAAAAUCCAGGAUAAAGAAGGAAUCCCUCCAGACCAGCAGCGUCUCAUCUUCGCUGGUAAACAGCUGGAAGAUGGUCGCACCCUCUCUGACUACAACAUCCAGAAGGAGUCCACCCUCCAUCUUGUGCUCCGUCUGAGAGGAGGUAUGCAGAUCUUUGUGAAGACCCUGACCGGCAAGACCAUCACUCUGGAGGUUGAACCCAGUGAUACCAUUGAGAAUGUCAAGGCCAAAAUCCAGGAUAAGGAAGGAAUCCCUCCAGACCAGCAGCGUCUCAUCUUCGCUGGUAAACAGCUGGAAGAUGGUCGCACCCUCUCCGACUACAACAUCCAGAAGGAGUCCACCCUCCAUCUUGUGCUCCGUCUGAGAGGUGGUAUGCAGAUCUUUGUGAAGACCCUGACCGGCAAGACCAUCACUCUGGAGGUGGAGCCCAGUGACACCAUUGAGAACGUCAAGGCCAAAAUCCAGGAUAAGGAAGGAAUCCCUCCAGACCAGCAGCGUCUCAUCUUUGCUGGUAAACAGCUUGAAGAUGGUCGCACCCUCUCUGACUACAACAUCCAGAAGGAGUCCACCCUCCAUCUUGUGCUCCGUCUGAGAGGAGGUAUGCAGAUCUUUGUGAAGACCCUGACUGGCAAGACCAUCACCCUGGAGGUUGAGCCCAGUGACACCAUUGAGAACGUCAAGGCCAAAAUCCAGGAUAAAGAAGGAAUCCCUCCAGACCAGCAGCGUCUCAUCUUUGCUGGUAAACAGCUGGAAGAUGGUCGCACCCUCUCUGACUACAACAUCCAGAAGGAGUCCACCCUCCAUCUUGUGCUCCGUCUGAGAGGAGGAAACUAGGCUCUUUAUGAUGAAGAUGCCCCUGUUCACCUUGAAUGUCCUGCUGUGUCCUUGAAGUUUAAAAUUCCUAAGUUUUGCUUGAACUUGUGUGAGUCAGCAUUUCCAACUAUUGUUUUCUGUUUUUUUAGGUUUUGACAUAACAUUUCAUUUGCAUUUGCUGACAGUUUUUGAAUUUACUUAAAUAGAAAUAUGAUACGCUGGCCUCAUGUUUGAGAUUUUAAAGCCCAACAUGGAUAACUCCACCUAUUUAACAUUUUGUUGAAACCAAAAGUAUUAGCUGUGUUUUUGUUUUGCUUAAAAGGGAAGCAUCUAUAGAAAUCCUGCUGAUAUAACUAAUAAAUGGCCUCUUACUCUUA